AUGCGUCGAAAAACGUACGAGUUGUUCGUUUCAUUUCUUAUUCUCGGUCAUUCUUUGGGUAUGCCCAUGGAUUACGAAGAAUAUCCGAUUCUCGAUGAAGACAUGGCGUUCGUCGGGUCCUUCAAAAGAGAGCUACGUCAGUCGAUACCUUUAAAGUUCCACUCGGAAGUCGAGGAUCUCGCGAAAGCUGGAAAUUCGCCGAAGAAGGACUUCAAAAAGAUCGCGAAGAAUGCGUCUGGCAAAUCGGACGAGGGUGGCUACUACAAGACGUACGGUAGUGACGCAGAGGGCGAGAAGGGCUACUUGAAGGAAACCUAUAGCAAGGGUGACCACGGAUACAAGACGCUUGACACUUUCCACAAGCAGGAUGGAGACAAGUAUGGAUUCGAGAAACACUUUGCUUACGGCAAAGCUCGUCUUGCCGACGAGACUGACAAGCAUGCCGAGCAAAGUACGAAAAUAGGAGAACAGGAAGAUCACGAAGGUGCAGGUACGAUCGUCGACAGUCACUAUGUGGAUAACGAAGGAGAUCACGGCAGUGAACAUACCGACGAUUAUGGAAGCCAUUAUAUGGUCGCAGAACCAGACUCUGAGAGUUACAGCGACACUGGCGACGGCCACAGCAAGAAUUAUUCUGCCGGUAGUGAAGGUUCUUACGAGAGCCACAGCUCUUAUUCUUCCGGUAGUGAUUCUGGAGGCGAUUAUGGGGAACAUUAUUAG